AUGUUCCAUGGAUUGCCAAGUGAAGACCCCAUUGACCACCUUGAUGAGUUUGAUAGGCUUUGUGAUUUGACAAAGAUCAAUGGUGUCUCUGAAGAUGCCAUCAAGCUGAGACUCUUUCCUAUGUCUCUAGCUGACAAAGCUCACCAAUGGGAGAAGAGCUUGCCCCAUGGCACAAUCACCACUUGGGAUGAAUGCAAGAAGGCCUUUCUUGCUAAGUUUUUCUCCACCGGUCGCACAGCCAAGCUUAGAGGAGAGAUAUCCAGCUUCAUCCAGCGAAACAAUGAGACAUUCGCAGAGGCUUGGGAGAGGUAUAGGGAGAUGCUAGACACAGCUAGCAAUGGGAACUUCCUCAACCAGGAUGUAGAUGAUGGCUGGCAACUUGUGGAGAACAUAGCUAACUCAAAUGGAAGCUAUGGAGAAGAGUAUGAUCGCACCAACCGGAGCUCGACCCACCACUCGAUCGAGUCAGACGAAAAGUUGAGAAAAGAUGUUAAGGCAUUGAAUGAGAAGUUGGAUAAGCUGAUCCUAGCUCAGUCCACAAUGAAGAAAGUCAACUUUGUGUCUGCUGAGGAGAUGGAACCAGUCCAAGAAGGGGAGGAUACACAAUUUGCUGAGGUGUGCUACAUGAGCAAUGGGCAAGGAGGUUACAACAAAGGAUACUAUAACUACAAGUCCAACCCUGCCAUGUCAUACCGCAACACUGAUGUUGCUAACCCUCAGGACCAAGUCUAUCCUCAACAACAAGCAGCUCGAUCGAGUCAAGGACCACAACAUGGGUAUGGUCAAAAGAACAAUUACCAAGGACCACAAGGCACUUUCCCUGGACAACAAAUGAAUAUCCCACCAGGCUUCCCCCACCAACCGCCCCAGCCUGCACCUUCACAAGAGAAUGAGCUCAAAGCAAUGCUAAAGCAACUACUUCAAGGGCAAGCUGAUGGGGUAGUGGACACAAGCAAGAAGCUAGCUGAAAUAAACUCUAAGAUCGAGAACCUCAACACAAGGGUUUACUCUCUGGAGAAUCAUGCUUCUUCUGUUGCUGCUGCUACAAAGCAAGGACAACUACCUGGUAAAGCUAUUCAGAACCCCAAGGAACAGUGCAAGGUCAUCUUCACUCAAGAAGGACUUGUUGAAGAAGAGGAUCAAGAAAGGGUCAUUGAAGAUUUUUGUUUACUGCUGAAUGAUGAAGAGAUUGUUGCUGCUGAGGCUCCUGGAGUCCAGAUUGAUCAACCAGAAGUGCAUGCACCUACUGUGGCCAUUCACACUUCACCAGUUGAGCUCGCACGACAAGCUCGAUCGGCAGCUCGAUCGAGUCCAACUCUAGCUCGAUCGAGUCCGACCUCUUCUGUCCGACAGCCUGUUUUGCUUGAUCCUUAUCAACCGGUUGCCGCUUCCUCGUCUCGCCUACUUAGUCAAGGUCACAAGGAAGUGAUUCACAAGUUCAGAAGAGAUCUCAGUGGGAUUGGAAUUGAGUUGCCUCUAUGGAUAGCAUGA